AUGACGAGAGUCAAUCCAGUCUCCAGCCAACAACUGGACACUGUUGAUGCCCACGAGGAUAGACGGAGAUAUACUGGUGAGACGGUGGGAGCCCGCACGUGUCCAGAGGGCAAAUCCUCUCUAGCCAAGAUUGUGGACCGGCAACCGCAGCUGAAAAAAAAUACACAGGGCGAUGGACCAGUAGGACCAGUAGACAGCGCUGCCGGCGGUCUGGACGGUGCUCCAGCCUGUGGAGAAGGGGUACCGCUCCGUGCGUGA